GUUAGAAGAGGAGCCAGAAAAGAGACCAACGAGUGGCAAUGCUGAGGGCGUCAACCGAAAGCACCAGGUCCCAGUUGCGCAGCCAGAUUCCGUGGCACAUUUGCCCGAGGCACAAGGACCGGCAGCCUCAACCACCCCGCAGACUCGUCCCGGGGACAACGAUCGGCUGGGCUCUGAUCACGAAGACGCUUCAACCGGCGGGAUCAAGGCGAUCCGAGAGGAGGAGGACGAGGAAAAGGAAGAGGAGGAAGAGGAGGAAGAGGAGGAAGAGGAGGAGGAAGAAGAAGAAGAAAAAGAAGAAGAAGAAGAGGAGGAAGAGA